AUGGCGACCGAUGGCAGGGGACUUGACCAGUCCGGCCCCCAGCCGGACAUCCUUCCGGAGACCCAUGCGGCUCCGGAAGCGGGCGAGCAGCCCCCUUUGAAGGAGGGGGGAGCAUCAGCUCCGGCGGUGACUUUCACUAAUCCGGAGGCGCCGAAUGCUCUGGUGGAAGCACUACAACAUGCUGCCAUUGCUUCCCUAUUGGCGGCAACCGCCCAGGCCGGUGAAGUUUCCAACCUCAAUCAAAGACUGAAGCUGGCUGAUGAUGAGAUCGACCGCGUUAACAAGCGGUUCAAUGAGGCCGCGGCCGAGGUCGAGUCCCUCAAGAGAGCCCUUGCCCAAGCCAAGGAGAAGGUGAAGGCAAGCAAGGCGGCCGCUGACAAAGCGGCUGCGGAUUUAAAGGGCGAACAGGUCGUCCGCCGCCAGCAUGAGGAGAGGGUGACCGAGGUAGAGCAAGAGAUGAAGGACGCCUACGGCAGGCGAAACGCAAGAGUCGCCGAAUCGAGCCAAAUUCACGGGAGAGACGGGCGGGUGCUCCGCGGCGGCGUGCUCCCAUCUCCUCGCCCGACGCCGGCGGCCUGGUCAGGUACCCAUCUCAUUUUUCCUCCCGGAGGCACACCGUCUAAAUGUUCCGCCUUGGCCCCGCUCGCCGCGUGCAAGCACAGUGCGCCGGCGCCGGCGCCGGCGCGGCAAAUCGGUGGCUGGGUGUCCCUGCCCACCGACAUAGUGGGCCUCAUCACCUGCCGGCUCCUGGCCGGCGACGGCGAUGUGGUCGAUUACAUCUGCUUCCGCGCCGUCUGCUUCGGCUGGCGCACCUGCACGCCCGCUCCCCGCGACCCCAAUCUGCGGGAUCCGCGCCUCCGCCCGCGCGGCUGGGUCGCGCUCUGUGACGGGGACGCCGUCCGCCCGGACGACGCCUGCGAGAUCGUCUUCUUCCACACGCGCACCGCCAGGCGCCUCCGCGUCCCCUUGCCGGAGCUCCGGCGGCACAGAAUCAUCGGCUUCACCGACGGCCUCGUCAUCCUCAUGCACAAGACCACCACCGCGGUCCGCGUGCUGCACCCGUUCACGCGCGACGUGGUCGACUUCCAGCCCCUCGCUACUCUGUACCACCAGGCGGUCAGGCACAAGGGGUCCCUGCUUGACAUGAACGCCGCGGUGUGCAGCAGCGCGGCGUCCUCCGCAGACUCCAUUGCCGUGGUGGUCUGGUUCCCCUACACGGACGUGGUGCUUGCUGCCGACCCGGGCUCAGAUUGGGAGGUCCUCCACAGAGGAUUCUAUGUUUGGUGCGCCUUGCCCUUCCAAGGAAGGCUCUAUGCCACCCUGUGUUGUUCGAGUGAGAUUGUGCAGCUAUACCCUCCGAGACGAAACGGACCGCAAGAGAACUCUCUGGUGGUGAUUGCUCGCGCUCCACAUUCUGCUGACCGCGAAGUCUGUAAUUUUUACCUCGUGGAGUCUGGAGGAAGGAUGCUGCUCGCCGUCCGGCAGCCAGCUCCUUAUGCAAAUGGGGCAGAAUGGAAUGCGAUGGACUGGUCGCGACAAUUGGUCUGCAGGCUCUAUGUAGUGGAUCUGAACGGCGGCCAACGCCGUAAGCUCAUCCAGGUGAAGAACAUAGGUGACACCGCGCUGUUUCUCAGCCGCGACCGAUGCCUGUCAGUCUCAGCCAGGGACCUCCCUUCCUUGAGCAGCAACUCCAUUUACCUCAGUCUACCAUCGGACCCCAUUGUGGUGCAUUCGCUGGGCACUGGUUUGUCCGAGCGAUUGGCAGACUCCUGCCAGAUACACGACAGGACAGAGAGGAUCCGCCCCUCUGUGCGUCCCUUCACCAUUGUUGAUCAUCUUAUCACGUACUGCAAUCCUCGCGUGUGGAGUAAAGGGCUAAUGUUCCACGAGUACCACUAUAUACCUCAAUCUUUCGAGGAAUUGAUCAAGAAAAUAAGGGCACAAGAGAAGGAACUUCGGAUUCCACGCAUCGCUGUGCAUUCGCGCUGAAGGAACAAACGCCAUGUUUCACAUUACUCACUCAAUAACAAAGGUGCAAAUAAUGCCACUAGACACUAGGCACGGCUUCUUACAACCGUCUUAGUUGACGUUUUUGAGUCACGCGGCUUCUAACCUCACAUCCUGUUUGUUGAUCUGAUUUUAAUCAUUUUAUCGUGUAUUUUUUUUACGAAAA